AUGGCUACAAUUGAUAAAGAGCCUGAUGACAACACAUCACUAGCCAUCGUUCCAGUGAUAAUUUCGGCAAACGGAAUCGACUUCUCCACAUUCGCCUUUUUGGAUCCUGGAGCAACAGUAAAUGUAAUGCGUGAGGAUAUCGCAGAAAAGUUAAAAUGCUCAGGAAAAAUGGAAAAAGUUUCCUUCGGAACAUUUCAUGUACCGAAAGGGUAUUUAAAGCUGCCUCGCCCAAUUGAAGAAUUAAAGGAGGUACGUGAACGAUAUGCUCAUCUAAGCGACAUCAAGCUUGCAUUGCUAGGAGAGCCGACUAUUCUGAUUGGCGGAGGAAAUCAAUGGCUUCAUCUUCGAAUGGACGAAAGACGUCCUCCUGAUGGAAUCAACGCACCCUUUGGAAUUCACACUCCGUUCGGAUGGACGUGUGUAGGAGAGUUCACCUCACCAUCAGAAGCAACAACCGUAUGCAGAUCGGAUAAACCGCUGCUCCCUAUUCAAAAACUUUGUUAUAGUAUUCAAGAGUCGCCUACAGAAGAGCUCCUUCUCCGUCAAGUGGAGAAAUUAUGGGAAACUGAUAGUUUUCCUAUCGUCACCCCUGUGAAACCGUUAGAAUCGGCUGAAGAUCAACUGGCAAGAAACAAGCUGGACGCAAGCAUCACAUUCGACGGUACCAGAUUUGAAGUUGGUCUGCCAUGGAUCUCAGACAAGGUGACUCUUCCGGAUAAUUAUUUGCCAGUUCUUCGUCGUCUCUAUUCCGUCGAACAUAAAUUUAGUCGUGACUCCGCCUUUGCGGAGAAAUAUGCAGCUGUGAUUGACGACUACAUCAGUAAAGGAUUCGCCAAGCCGCUCAAGAAGAGUGAACUUACCGGUACAUUCGGAAGAAAUUGGUACCUUCCUCAUCAUGGAGUUGUCAACCCGCAGAAGCCAGGAAAAGUGAGAGUUGUUUUCGAUGCAUCAGCCAAACAUGAAGGAGUGGCUCUGAAUGAAGUACUGUUGAAAGGUCCUAGUCUUGUCAAUGACAUAGGAACUACACUUCUUCUUUUUCGCGAAAAAACUUUCUCUUUAUCAGGAGAUAUCCAGCAAAUGGAGGAAUUUCCGGAAGCUGCUCAACGUAUUUACACCAACUUCUACGUCGAUAAUCUUUUGGAUUCCUUUUACACGGAAGAAGAAGCAAUUCAAGCCGUAAAGGAUUCCACCGCACUAUUGAAAAAAGGAGGCUUCCAUCUCAAUCAGUGGCUCUCGUCAUCUCGUCAAGUGUUAGCUCUCGUUCCAGAAUGUGAUCGCAAUCAACCUCGUCUCAACUUGGAUCUUGAUGACCUGCCUACUGAGAGAACUUUGGGAGUCUUAUAUGACAGUGAAAGCGACCACUUCAUCUUCGAUGUUAAAUGUAAUGUGGAAGCCAACACAAAACGUCAAAUUCUUAGUGCUGUUUCGACUCUCUUCGAUCCGUUGGGAUUUUUAUCCCCUAUCGUUCUUCUCGCUAAACGAAUUCUUCAGGAGCUGUGGCUAGUUGGAGUGGACUGGGAUCAGCCGAUCCCAAAUUCAAUUAUGCAACAAUGGAAUCAAUGGACCGAAACUCUCAACUGUUUGAAGAAUUUUAAAGUCCCUCGAGCGCUCACAUUAAGCAACGAAAUCAAGAAUAUUCAACUUCACGCUUUUUGCGAUGCCUCAACUCUUGGUUUCGGAUCCGUUGUUUAUCUUCGAGUCACCUACGCUACUGAUGUCGUCGCCGUAAAUUUCGUCUCGUCAAAGUCCCGCGUGGCACCUCUUCGUCCGCUUACUGUUCCGAAGUUGGAGCUUCAAGGAGCAAUAGUGGCAUUGCGACUUGUCAAAUUCAUUCAAUCUUCGCUUCGCAUAACAAUCAGCCAAAUAUUUUAUUGGUCUGAUUCAAAAACCGUUCUUCAGUGGAUUGCCUCCAAAACCUGCCGCUUUCAAACUUUCGUCGCUAAUCGUGUUUCGGAAAUUUUAGAGCAUUCUCGUCCGAUCGAAUGGCGGCAUGUUCCUGGCGUCGAAAAUCCUGCUGAUGAAUGCAGCAGAGGACUCUUCCCUGCUGAAAUAAUGGAAAACGAUCGUUGGUUGACCGGCCCCGCCUUCUUGAAACAAGAAGAUGUCGAUUGGCAUCAACCUAUCAAAUUACCGGAGCCCAAUGAAGAUGAUCCGGAAGUUUCUGCAACCAAGUGGGUGGGAGUCAUCUACGACCCCGCUCCUGAAAACAGGCUCCGCACUUUAUUGGAAAGAUACUCUGAUUAUGGCCUGGCCAUGAGAAUCGUGGCUUGGAUGCUCCGCUUUAUCUUCAAUUCCAGGUUGAAAUCAGCCAAAGAACGUCGCGGAUCUUUUCUUAGCGUCAAAGCUAUUCAACAAGCCGGAAAUCAAUGCAUCCGGUCAGCUCAAUUGGAAUGUUAUCCCGAAGAGAUGGCGGCGCUGGAGAAGAAACGUUCUCUCAAAUCCAGUUCUCCGUUAUUGAAACUUUCGCCGUUUAUCGAUAAAGAUGGUGUGAUGCGCGUUGGAGGUAGGCUUGAUAAUGGCCCCUUUUCGUAUGAUGUUAAACAUCCAAAAAUCCUCCCGCAUGAACAUCCAAUCCCUCGGCUAAUCAUCAUGAGAGAACAUGAUCUACUGGUUCAUCCGUCAGCUGAAAGACUUCUCAGCUCUAUCAGAUCUCGAUUUUGGAUCAUCAAAGGAAGAGUGGGAGUAAUUCUAGGAAAGCCUAAGAAACUCGUUGUUGGAGAGGUUACUGAAGAGGCAGCAGAAAAACCUACAAUCACCUUCAACUUUGUUCCCUUUGAUCAGCUACCUAACCUGGAAAAUGAUAGUAUUGCUGAUGUUAUUGGUUUUGUAUUGCAUUUGCAAGAAAAGGUUUUGGUUGAAACAAAGACAACAAAAAUAUCGAGGUCUCUAACAGCUGAGUUUGUGAACAGUACCAACACAGAGGUUAGACUACAUUCUUUGUUUAAUUAUCGAGGUUCGUUAUUGGAAAAAGUGGCAGAUACAUGCAUUGUAGCAUUGCCUGGUGUGAAAAUUUCGAACAAAUUUGGACGUAGUUAUCUAGAAACACUCUCGUCUACCGUCGUGCAGAUUAAUGCUGACAUGACUGAAGUUCGUGAACUCAGAGAGUGGUACGAUAAUCGCAGAAAUGUCGCAUGA